AUUAGCCCACAGCGGCAGCAUCAGCGUGAUCAGGCUUGGGACCAUGCGCCAGUCUGUCGCACAUGAGCCCUGCUAUUCAAAUAGUGAUAUGAAGUUGCAAGUAGUCGCUCUUUGUACAAGUUUAGAGAGCAUUAUCAUAAAGAGGCGAAGAAAGAGAAAGCGGUUUCAUUCAGCCCAAGUCGCUGGGCAAUUACUCAUCGCACUGCACUGUGUUUAUGCAAGACGUGGUGACUUCUUAAGCUAGAGCGGGCCCCUGAAACGGUACCUAUUAGUGGAGGGAACAUGAUUUCCGCUUAAACACUCGUCGUGCGUAACGCGCGCUCGGGCGCUACAAUGACACAAGCUAAUGCUGUUGUCCCUGAUGCCAAUGUCAGCUAUGGAAGCAAGGUCGAUCCUAUGGCGCCGUUUCUGGCGCUAUGCAUGCUAUUUAUUUGCGCGGUUUCUUUCGUGACGAUCGUGCGCAUAGUCCGCUCAUUUCAGCUCGCGGACCCGACAUCGUCAGCCCAGCCCGCUCGCCGGGUCCUGGCGCAUAAUGAUCCAGCCCGCCCGCAGCCUGUGACUGCUGCGGCGCUGGCCUCCAAGCAUAACGGCCCCAUCGUGACGGCGGCCCAGCGCCGGAGCCUGCAGGCACGCGAGAGAGACCAGUGGGCGCCGCCAGCGGGGUCCCGCAACUCGCAGUCCAAGUCAGACGAGGCACAGGGGCAGCCACAGCCCCUGCUGGCAACUCCCAGCAGCUCCGCCUCAUCCACCUCGGCCUCCUCUGACGUAAGCUCGGUCCCUGCUGCUACUGCCGCUGCUGCUGCUGCUGCUACUGCUGCCACGGCUGCACUCCACACCACAGCGGCAGCACCAGCACCAGCAGUAGCACCAGCAGCAGUAGCAGCAGCGACAUGCCGCGUGCCAGUGUCCCAGGCGCCGCAGCCCCCGUCGCGUGGCGGCCUGCUCCCCACCGCGCUCGCGAGCGCCCUGCUUGGGGUCGCCCGCCGUCCCGAGCCACCACCGCCGCCGUCAGCCGCCCCCACCAGUGGCCGGGAGCGACACGCCACCCUCGCUCGGCACUCCGCGCACGCCGCACAUGAUGACGGCGGCGGCGCCAGGUCCCCAGCGGCCGCCCACGCUGCCGACAGCAGGCGGCGUGACGUGUAUAAGGGUAGCACCAACAGGCACAAGAGCAAGCGAUUGUCUGUGGAGCACCCGGAGCUCCUGCUGGCUGCUGGUACGGCCGACGCGCCGCCCGGAUCGGCGGAUGGCGGCGCCGCCACCGGUGGCGGCGGCGGCGGCGGCGGCGGCGGCAGCCCCCAGCAGCAGCUGCUCCGGCGGCGGCCGCGGUCCGGCUGUAGCAGCUGGGCGCCGCUGCAGGUGCCUGGAGCAGCAGCAGCAGUAGCAGUAGCAGGCGGCAGUAGCACCACCGCCACGGACACUGCUACUGCUACUGCCACCACCACCGCAGACAGCUCGGACGGUUGCAAGGCCUCGCCGUACCGCUCCCGGCGGGCGGAUGUGUACGGCGGCGGUGCUGCUUGCGGCGGCGGCGCCGGACUGGCGCCGUACGAUUGCAGCAGUAGUAGCAGCAGCCGCGCCCUGUGCACCACCGCCGCCGCCGCUACGGCUGCUGCCGCCACCGCCGCCGCCGUCAUUCGUGACAGCUGCAAGCCGGCUACGGGCAUGUUCGCUUCCGCCGGCAACAACGCCGCAGCGGUGGCAAUCGCGAGAAAACUAAUGGCCGCUAGCGGCGGCACCGGACUGGCUCCAUACGGCUGCAGCAGCAACAACAGCCGCGCCCUGUGCACCACCGCCGCCGCCGCUACGGCUGCUGCCGCCACCGCCGCCGCCGUCAUUCGUGACAGCUGCAAGCCGGCUACGGGCAUGUCUGCUUCCGCCGGCAACAACGCCGCAGCGGUGGCAAUCGCGAGAAAACUAAUGGCGGCUGGCAGCGGCGGCGCCGGACUGGCGCCAUACGGUUGCAGCAGCAACAACAGCCGCGCCCUAUGCACCACCGCCGCCGCCGCUACGGCGGCGGCCGCCGCCGCCGCCGCUGUCAUUCGUGACAGCUGCAAGCCGGCGACGGGCAUGUCUGCUUCCGCCGGCAACAACGCCGCAGCGGUGGCAAUCGCGAGAAAACUAAUGGCGGCUGGCAGCGGCGCCGCCGCCGCCGCCGGGGUUGCUGGCCUGGCGCCGCUGCAGCAGCCUCCGUACCAGCUAUUGUACCAGCGGCAGCAGCAGGAGCAACAGCAGCAGCCGCACCGGCCGCCGCUUCGCUGCCAAUCCAGCGGUUCUUGGCUGCUGCAGCAGAAACAUGCGGCGGCGGCGCAUGCGCAGCAGCAGCAGCAGCAGCAGCAGCACGGCCUCGGGCUCAAGCCCAGCUAUGUGCCUGGCAGGCAGCCGGGCAGCCGCGCCGGCAGCGGCCGCGGCGGCGGCGGUGGCGGCGGCACUCCUCGCGGCGGCACGGCUGCCAGCCGCAUCCCGUCGGGCUCCGCUACCAGUUUUGGUAAUCAUGCUAAUCAUGCUAAUGGUCGUAACGAUGAUCCCAAUGAUGAUGGCAUGGAUGCCGAUGCCGUUGCCGAUGCGGAGGCGUGCGCCGCCGAUGAUGACCUGUUGGCCUCCGCCGCCGCCGAGCCCGUAACGCCCGCCCACGUGGCCGACGGCGAAACGUUACGGCAGUUGGAGGCAGGUCUCAGCAGCGGCGUUAUCAGCAGCGACCAGGCGUCCAAUAUUUUCAUGCGGUCGUACGGGUGCGAUAUCAAUGAGAUGUUGAGCGACCCAGAUGGCGCGCCGCCCGGCGGCGGCGGCGGCAAUGGCGGUAAUGUCGGCGGCGUUGGUGGGUGCAAUGGCGGUGGCGGCGGCGGGCCGUGGCGGCCGAGUGCCGCUGCGGGCGGCGGUGUGGGUACCAGCAGGGCGCGCCUUGGCGGCGGCGGCAAGGCUAGUGACGGCGGCGGAGUAUAGCAGCGUCGGGGCGCCCCUAGCAAGCCGCACUCAUUGCCGUCGCUGGCGCUUGGCUGCGGGCCCGUGCGUGUCCGUGCUGCCGUCGGCAGUUGAAGCGGCGGCUGCUCCGGCGGCUGUGGCGGCUGCUCCGGGGCUGUGGCGGCUGUGGCGUUGGCUGCUCCGGGGCUGUGGCGGUUGUGGUGGCUGUGGCUGCAAAGCAUCACGACCCGGCGGCGGCGGCGGAUGAGCGGUUGGUCCUGGCGUCAGAUGCCGCCCACGAGCAAGCUGGCGGCGGCGGCGGCAGCGACGGAGCAACCCCGGCGGCGGCGGAUGACACGCACGACUGGACCAACUGCUGUCCAGCGGCGACAUCCGACCAGACCAGGCCGUACAGCUGCUGGCAGGUUACGGUUGUAUGUGGCGUACCGGCGCUCGUUGACAUCGGCGGUGGCAGUAACGGUGGCGGCGGCAGUGGCUUUAGCAGCCGCGGCAACAGCGGCGGACACGUGCCUCGGGUUGCGGCGUAGCGCCGUAGCGCGCGGCGGCGAGAUCUUGUUGUCAGGACAGAUUUGCUUACCUGGUGCAAGGGCCGAUGGCUGUUGUUAUUUUGUCUUGAUGAUAAAGAAGUGUCCCUGUCACGUUUUACGGUGGUCUGCUUUCAAGUCAACGGCGGCGGGCGUGGUGUGCGCUUUUAUAUACGCAAUGGCAAUGCCUGUGGCCGACGCCGCUUCUUUUUGAAGGUGUUCUUCAUUACGAUGUGAGAAGCCGCAUUAACAGCACUAAGCGGCGUUGCAAGGGAAUGGAAUGGCGGGUGGCAAGGAAUGGAAUGGCGGGUGGCAAGAGCCAUUGCAGGUGGUGUGGACAUAACAAAAAGAUUUUGUGUGAGGCGUAUUCUUGCUUGGGCGCACAAAAGCGCGUUCGGCUGUACGCAUGUGUUGAUGUUCCGCAACACUCGUCAAUGUAUGCAUUACAACAGUAAGAGCAGCUGGCAGCAGAGGCUUUUGCUUGCCAAAGUCGAUGCCUGAACAACGCUUAUGCUAAUGUGUGUGUGUGUGUAUUUGCCAAAACACACGACCUGCGCGUGCAUGCAGCAGCCACUGGCAUAAGGGCGCACCCCAAGUGAAAUGCCUUAUUUGCCCUAGGGUGCGGCGUGGGGGCGACAGCGUGGAGCGCCUCAGCAGUGGUGGCCGGCUGCCACACACAUGCACGUGACCCACUUGCCAAUGCGUGCAACACCUCCGUGUCUCUGUACUUUGUUGUGGGCGUCCACGCGCUUGGCUUCCUUCCGUGGUCGUGCUGUAUGCUCUACGGUGAUUUUAUCCAUGGCCUAGGCGUGAACGGUGCAACUAAUGAUAAUGAUGCUCCCAAAUAUGUCGUCGGGCCUUCCUACACACGCCAUGCCUCAAAAGCGUGCAUUCAAUAAAUAUGGCGUGGGCGCAAAGAGGGAGAGCCACCUUUCUUGUCGGUAUGGUUAUUUCGGUCGUUGACGUCUGUUGGCAAGGAAGGGCUGCUCGGCACGUCCGGUCUUGUACAACGCAGGGGAUGGGAUGUGGACUUGCUAGUUGGUCAAGGAUGCGGUACUCAUGGAAACUUGCAAUGGUUGGGCUGUGAAGCUUUACACGUACGGCUGUGGGGUAGGCGUUUUCGGUACGGUGUGCGAUGGGACAGUGGUAAGGCAGGUUGCUUUUUCGGUACGGUUUUGUUUGUAUGUCUCCUGUUACUUCGAUACUUCGGUAGAGAGUAUCGGGUUUUGCACUUUUGCUUGAUGCAGCACGACGCAUAUCGAGUGUCCAGAUGGCAUCCAACACCGACGUGCUCUGUGCUCAAGUACUCGGCUCUGGCGGGCAGGUGUGCGUACGACGAGGUGGUGCUGAAGGCGGAGGAGGAUGCGGCGGCGGCGGCGGCGGCGGCUGGUGGUGGUGGUGGUGGUGGUGGGGCUGGGCGGCACCUCCCCUUGCUUUCCGCCGCUAUGCCCAGAAUCAGGGAGGCGGUUGGAAGCGCCACGGUCGGUGGCAUCCUGUUUGUGAGAGUGCUCAGUGCUGCCGCUUUAUCUUUGGGAGGCGUCGACGUGGCAGGUAUGUGGAGAGCUAGCUGCCCCUUCACCGGUGCCCCUUCACCGGGAGGCAGGCAGGCAGCGGCAAAAGCGAAUGAGCGUGCACGGUGCGCGCGGUGUGGCUGCGGUCGGUGCGUAGUUGUGGGAAGGUAAUGGAGAUCGCCGUGGCAGCGCCGGCAGUGGUUGUUUGCGGCCACUGCUCGCAGCAUGUGGCCGGUACGGCUGCAAGGUAGGUUGCUACUUGCUAGGAGAGAAUGCGCGGCUGCAUGCAGGGGCUUUCAGGGUUUGGAGGAGCUGGCUUGCCGUGAUCGGUGUCCAUUUUAGUGGGGCUGCGGCGUUGCGGUGGUUGCGUUACUGUACUCUGCAAGCACUGCCAACAGGGUUUGAACAUCGGCAGUUCGGCACACCGGCACGUCGGCAAUGUUGAAGUUGGGGCAGCUAUGCCUGGUGACCCGAGCCACUGUCCCAAUCUGUCCCAAUUAGCAAGCCAUUUAGUGUAGGAACCUAGCCCAGCUAUGAGAUAAUCGCGACACUUGAUGUCACAUACACAUGGCUGGACCGCUGCACCUGUAAUCGCCUCUUCCU